AAUUGUUUGCGCUGCAAAUUUGUUGCUAUUUAUUGAUGAUAAAUUUCGCAGGUUAGACAAUCGAAAAAGUAAAAUAUUUUAUGGAAAAGUUGGGGCAUUAAUACUAUGUAAGCAACACACUUGAAUCCUGUUACUAGCCUGAGGACAAUGGUAAAAGUGAAACGAGUUUAUUUCAAUCACUGCAUAUUGGUUAACAGGCCACUAAUAUUCAUGGCGGGUCGUGCAAUGGUAUUUGUAAAAGCGUAAAGAGAAAUGCUUAAAAGAAUUAUAUACAUCGUGUAACGGCUUUGUUGAAUCCAAAGUACCUCUGCUUAUAAUCAAUAUAUGUAACUUGCUCUGUAUAAUCUCUACAGAACAGGCGAUCAUAUUUUUCACAAGAAACUUGCAAAAACUCGUGCUAGAUAAAUAGGCAUGAAUUGCAGUUAUUUUAAUGAACCGUGAAACGUGACAUUACGGUAAUACCGCAUCAAUUGCGAACCAAUGUUACCAUUUAUCGUUCACCAAGAAUGAACGGUUCGCCGGGAAAACGAAAGCAAAAGUGAUGAUCACGCGUCUCUUCCUGCAACUUUUAAGAAAUUGGAAGGUGGAUCUUUACUGUAUGCCCAAGAGUGGUGUGCUACCGCAACCACAGUGACCAUCUCCAGUAUAAAAGCCGCUUCUGCCGGCCGCGCGCUUAGUUUCGCUUCGUGGCAACCGAUUGUGAAACACGAUACUCCCAACGUGAGCAACAUUCAUCCCAGAUCGGUUUUUUGCGAUUGAGAGACCUACUUCCUUUUACCAAUUAACCCUGGAACGUUAACGAGUUGCGUGGAAUCAGCUGGGAACUAUACUUUCUUUUUGUUAGUUAUCAACGGUCGACCAACGUUCUCACUGCUUUACAUUCGCACGGCUUUGACAGUGAAUAAACAUGGAAAUCCGUACACUGUUAAUAUUGUUAUCCGUGAUAGCAUUAGCGGUAGCAUUUCCUCAAAAAGAUGGUCAAAUUUUUAGUAACGAGGCUAUAAAACAAGCACAGAAUACCUAUCUUAUUCCAAAAGAUGCGACAAUACAAAAGGUACAAGAGGGUAUAGAACUGGCUGCGUACGAAUCAAUUCCUGGUGAUCAAAAGAUCAAUCUUUUUGAAAUUCUGGGAGAGCACGUUCCUCCGGAAGUCGUGAACAAUCUUCAGGCUCAGAUCGAUCAGAUAGGACGAAAUUAGAUUCGUUUCUUUCUUCCCCGAUUGUCAUCGUUUCCUUGUAAAAAUUUCUCUAGC